AUGGAUAAAAUUUCAAAAAAUUCGAGUAAACUGACUACGCCGAUCGAUUAUAAAAGUUUGCAAAUGGACCUCGAAGAAGCGGUCAGAACAGACGAAACGUACAAGUUACAGAACGACGCGAAGCUUAGAGCAGUCGAACAGAAUGUGCCUACGUACGAGGACUUUCGCCAAAUGGUAAACGCCGCACAUCUCAGACCAUUGAAACGUGACGACUUCCAGCGUAACGGAUCUUGGAAUACUUUCGUCUGUGUUCGUAACCCGCACUGGACCCCGGCACAUGAACAAUUUGACGUGCAACGGUCCGAGGCAAAGAACAGUGAAGAUCUUCAGACGAACAAACUACCGUCCAACUGUGAACAGUUUAUUCGAGCUUGGAAAAAGAUCGACGAAUACGACGCGAAAUUUCGUUAUCUUCAAAGUCUCAAAAACGUCUUGGGAGACACCAUUUUUCAUACAGAAAUUCCUUCGACGUUGUUUGCCGAACUAAUAGACGUAUGCUUGCAAACUACUAAGGUCACGAACGAUAUCGAUAGCGUCGUUGAAAUUUUACGCGUCCUAAGCAAAUGCAAUCGAUUUCAACUGACGCUGCAUUUUAUGGGGGACAGCGAAAGGAAAACUUGCAUGCAAUUGUUUCAGUCUUUGAUCAUCCACGCAGAACAUCGAGACAAACAGCUUAUAGAGGCGAUCGAAUCACUGGGUAUAACUUACGGAAUCGCACAGCACGAUCUAAAGCAUCCUCAAAUAUAA